CGCAACCCCACGUCAAACAGCUGUCAGCGUGCCGACCGCCUCGCGUGGCAACCGUUUCCUGUUCUUUUACGAAGAAGUCUUCGUCGACGCACGUCGUGUUUGCGGGUGUUCACUGAGUGAGCUGCCAACGUUCAAGUACCAACCAUGGUCCGUAUCAGCGUGCUGGCCGAUGCCCUCAAGUGCAUCAACAAUGCGGAAAAGCGCGGCAAGCGCCAGGUGCUUAUCCGACCGAACUCGAAGGUCGUGGUCCGGUUCCUGACCGUCAUGAUGAAGCACGGCUACAUCGGCGAGUUCGAGGUUGUGGACGAUCAUCGCAGCGGCAAGGUGGUGGUCAAUCUGACCGGUCGCCUGAACAAGGCCGGCAUCAUCUCGCCCCGUUUCGACGUCAAGAUGGACGAUAUCGAACGGUGGACGAACAAUCUGCUGCCCUCCCGUCAGUUUGGCUACGUCGUCCUUACUACCAGCGGUGGUAUUAUGGAUCACGAGGAAGCCAGGAGAAAGCAUCUCGGAGGCAAGAUUCUGGGAUAUUUCUUCUAAUCGCGCACAC